AUGACUAGGUGCGGCGAGACAAUCGUGGAUGGUUGGGGGGACAACUGGGAGUACGAAGAACAGGACGAAUGGAAGGAGGACGACACCGCAGCGGACACCGAGGGGCCUGACGUAAUCCGGACGCCGCUACGACAGCACAUAAUGCAGCCUGCAUCCCCUACUUCAUGCGGCCAACCACCACGCCGCCGUAACAGCCAUAACACCGCCCGCGUCAUUGACAACCCGGACGUCCGUCCGCAACACGACGCCGCCUCAGACGCCGCCCCCGCCAUAUGGGGUGGAGACGACAUCACCACAGAUGGAAGAGAUCACACCUGUCCAGCCCCUGUGCAUCACUGCGGAUCCAUCACGCCACUUCCGGCACCACCUACGAGGCCGCCCCCAGCCACUGAGAAAGCGACUGGCGCGGCCGUGCACACCGAGACAGCCACAGGAAGAUGCAGCCUGGCAGGCAGCCAGGUCGCCGAUCACACACAGCAUCACUGCAGAUCCAUCACGCCACCUCCGGCACCACCGACGAUGCCGCCCCCAGCCACUGAGAAACGUCACUGCGGAUCCAUCACGCCACCUCUGCCACCACGGAAAACGACGACACCGCCCCCAGCCACUGAGAAAGCUACUGGCGCGGCCGUGCACACCGAGACAGCCACAUCGCGACCCAGUCCGGCAGACAACCAGGUUGCCGACGCCAUGCCACAAUGCACCGAGGCGGACUUGCCAGCCAAGAUGCCGCCGUCCCCGACGCCGCCGCCCCCAACUGCCGUGAAGGCUCUCGGGGGGUUCACGCAGUGCCAACCGGCCGGCGUGUCACUUCUGCCCGCCGCGCACGUCACAGAGGGCGUGUCACAUCCGCCCGCCGUGCACGUCACAGGGGGCGUGUCACCUCUGCCCGCCGCGCACUUCAUAGGGGGCGUUCCACUUCUGCCCGCCACGCACGUCACAAGGGGCGUGUCACUUCCGCCCGCCGUGCACGUCUCAGAGGGCAUGUCACCUCCGCCUGCCGCGCAUGUCACAGAGGGCGUUUCACCUCCGCCCGCCGCGCACAUCACAAAGGGCGUGUCACCUCCGCCCACCGCGCACAUCACCGAGGGUGCACUGCCGCACUCCUCUGUGGGCACGCCACCUGCACAUGCCAUGUGUGCCGUUGAAGGCGCUACGCCGCCUCCUCAUGUCAAACGCACCGCUGAAGAUGCCGCAACGCCUUCGCACAUCAAGCGCGCCACUGAAGGUGCCGCGCCGCCUCCGCACGUCAAGCGCACCGCUGAAGGCACCGCGCCGCCUCCGCACGUCAAGCGCGCCAUUGAAGGCGCCGUGCCGCCUCUGCACGUCAAGCGCACCGCUGAAGGUGCCACGGCACCUCCGCACGUCAAGCGCGCCGCUGAAGGCACCACGCCGCCUCCGCACGUCAUGAGUGCCGUUGAAGGCGCCGUGCCGCCGUCGCCUGCGACGCGCGUCACCAUGGUUGUAUUAGCAAAAGUUCUGUGGUCUGGAGUCGGCCAGAUCCUUUAUGCUGUUACUCGCGUGGCGAUAUGA